AUGAACACAACACGACCCCAAGGCGAAGGUUUUUUGAAGUCUAAAGGCAGAAGAAGAACUAGUAGGAAUAACAAUAGGGGACGCGUUUCUGGUGCUAUUUCGCAGCAAUCUUGUGUCACACCCUCUGCUAUUGGUGUCACUUCAAAUGAUACUAACGCCAUCGAAAAUGCGUUUGAGGAGCUUACUGGAAGAAUACCUCGUUUAUAUACCAUUGCCACUACCGUUGAUCCAACAAAGAGGGAGAAAGUUUUCGAGUAUCAGCAAAUUUUAGAUAAAGACUUGGAGUCUGUAAAUUCUGCUGAAAACAAAUACUUCUUUAUUACCUGUUCAUUUACUUCUUGGAACCUUUUUCUAUUUGAAUUACUUAAUUGUGUGAAAGAAGAGAAAGAUCAGGUGGAGAAUAUUGAGUUCAUCAAGGAAACAUAUGAACAAUUUAAAAGUCUAUUGUCAAUGCAUGUAAGUACUCGAACACGGAUUAUUAAGAAUCCUUAUCGAAAUAUGAACUCUGAGAAUGUAUCUGAAUCAAGUAAAAACGAUAAUGCUAAAUCGGACUCGGAAAGUUCAGAAACAGUUGUAGCAGAAGAAAAUGAUGGCAAAGAAUUGGGACUUGAAGAGAAUGAGGCA